AUGGAGAAGGAAGCAGUGAUCCCAAGGCCACCAGAUGCUCCCAGAUCGGAUUCAAGCAGGACCAUGUCGUCUCCUCCCCCGUCAGGAGAGAACCAUGCUGGAGCUUUCAGUGUGUUGGAUUCAGCAAGUUUUGGAAUGCAGCACAUGCUUACUAUAGUGGUCGCUGGGCUGGGUUUCUUUGCCGACUCAUAUGAUCUCUUCAUCAUAAAUCUCCUAAUCCCCAUCCUCGGAUACGUCUACUUUGGCCAACCAACUCUGCCAUCCACAGGAAACUCGAUUUUGACAGCUUCAGCACAAGCUGGUGCAAUCCUCGGCCAGAUCUCCUUUGGUGUCCUCUCUGAUAUAUUUGGUCGGAAACGACUCUAUGGAAUCGAGCUCAUGGUCGUCAUUAUCGGAACCGUUGGUUCUGCAAUGUGUGCUCCAACUGUCUCGGGUAUGAGCAUUAUCGCAAUGCUCUCACUAUGGAGACUCGUGGUUGGGUUUGGUGUGGGAGGAGAUUAUCCUAUGGCUGCUUGUAUAUCGUCUGAGUUUGCUACUGUGAAACGACGUGGGCUGAUGAUGGGUCUUGUGUUUAGUAUGCAGGGGUUGGGUACGUUGACGGGUAUCUUGGUGUCAUUGGUGACACUGGCGAUAUGGAGGAAUGAGAUUCAAGGAGGGAAUAUCGCUGCUUUUGAUCAUGUUUGGAGGAUUGCUGUCGUGUUUUGUGUCGUGCCUUGUGUCGCUACCUUAUACUUUCGAUUGACAAUACCCGAGUCUCCAAGAUAUACCUUGGAAGUAGCGGGUGAUGUAGAAGGAGCUACUAGAGAUGCUCAACGCUUCUUGUCUACCACUACUGUAAAUGGUACCAAUGGUGUGGUUCUCGUUAUUGACGAGAAGGAACAUCGCCCUGCCAAACCUGUUGCUGGACACAUACAUAACUGGGACAAUUUCAAAGAGUUCUGGUGCUCCAAAGUCAAUGUAUAUACUCUUAUUGGAACUGCUGGUCCUUGGUUUCUGAUAGACAUUGCAAUCUAUGGACUUGGAUUGAAUAAUACCCUUAUAUUGAAUGCCAUCGGAUUCGGCGCAUCAACAGAUCCAUGGCAAAAUGUUCAAAACUUGACUGUAGGAAACCUCAUCAUUGCUUUACUAGGUAAUAUACCUGGUUACUUUCUUGGUGCUACAUUCUUGGAUAGGAUUGGAAGGAGGAAUUUGCAGAUGAUUGGAUUUGGUGGACAAGUGGUCAUGUACACAAUCCUUGCAACGGCAUACGACAAGAUUCUCAAGACAUCAGUGGCUCUUUUCAUGGUCUUGUAUGCAAUCGCUCAGAUCUUCAACAACUUUGGGGCCAACUUGACAACAUUCAUCAUCGCUGCUGAAGCAUUCCCAACGAGGUAUCGCUCUACUGGUCAUGGCAUAUCAGCAGCCUGUGGCAAAGUCGGUGCAUUGAUUGCAUCCUACGGAUUCUCACAAGUCCAAAAGGCUAUUGGUCUCGGUUCCACUCUUGGUAUAUUGGCUGGGUUCAUGUUCUUGGGGUUCAUCACAACAUAUUACUUUACUCCUGAGACUGGAAAUGCUGGAUUAGAGAAUUUGAAUGAAAAGUUGAUGGCCACACCGAUAUUGAAUCCGGACAAUGACAAGAUAUUUGGGCCAAUGAGGCGAAGGAUUGUCACUAAGAGAAUUGUUAGCUCUGAACGGCGCUUGUUGUUUCGGCAGGCGUUAGGGAAUCUCGGCUUCUUUGCCGAUUCAUACGAUCUCUUCAUCAUAAACGUCCUCAUUCAAAUCGGAUAUGUGUACUUUAACCAAGCAGCUCUCAUAUCACCCGGAAACUCAAUCCUCGCAUCCGGAAGCUCAAUGCUCGCAUCAUCAGCACAAACCGGUGCCAUCCUCGGACAACUCACAUUCGGCGUCCUCUCAGACAUGUUUGGCCGUACACGUCUAUAUGGACUUGAGCUUACUAUAGUAAUCAUUGAAACGAUUGGAUCAGCAUUGUGCGCUCCAAUGAUUUCUCGCAUGAAUUUUAUCGCCAUGCUUUCGUUAUGGAGAGGAGUGGCUGGGUUUGGUGUUAGAGGCGAUUAUUCAAUGAUCUUCAACAACUUUGAAGCUAAUUUGACUACAUUCAUAAUUGCUGCUGAAGCAUUCCCAACAAGUACCGCUCAACAGGCCACGGAAUUAGUAGUCCCAGCAGCAUAUGGCAAAAACUCUGUGGUCAUUAAGCCGGAAUUGUAUACGGAUAUUCAGUCUUUCGAUCUCUACGUGAGAGAGCACUAUGACAACUGUACAAACUAUAGCAGUGUCUUUUCUCAGUCAUACGAUUGCCCAGGCUACAAAGGCCAAGGUCAACGAUACCACAUAUCGACAUUUUGCAGUCUCCUCGUAGAACGAUCCACCAUUCUCGGUUGUGGCGCGCCAGUACAGCAACUCUGUGUGAGCACUUGCCAAGCAGCCGUCAAGAGCUUGACAUCACUCUUCGACUCUCCCAACAUUUGCACUCAAAACUCACAACUGGCAGCCAUAUCCCGCUCUGAAACACUUCGUGUGUAUAACUCGCUAUGUAUGAAUCUGACAGCUACGAGUCAGACGGGUUGUAUUGUUAAUGAGCCAUCCGUACUUGAAAAUGUAAACUGUGGGUUCUUUAGUGGUGCUGAAAGGAUGACUUAUUGCGCUACGAAUCCGAACGACAUGUGUUGUCAGGGUGCUGGAAAUGGUGGAGGAGUGCCGGUGCCAUCUGUGGCUACUAUGAGGCCUAGUCCUACUGCUGUUGGAACUGGUGUGUCCGGUAAUCCACCAUCACCUGCUAGUAUAGUGCCUAAGACACGUCCUACAAAUAAUGCUGUGCCGCCUCAACAAACUCGUGCUGCUCCUGCAAUCGCUACUGCUGCGACAGCAGCUGCUGCUUCUGCCUCUUUCCUGAGCAAGAACUCAACCAUACUAAUCGCUCUUCUUAUACUCAUCAUCUUGGCCGCCGUCAUCGGAUUCUUCCUGUAUCGAAGGCAUCAAGCAAACCAAGCAUCUCAAAUCGGUGUAGACAACGCCAAUCUACCACCAGACGCCAAAGACGGUGAUGAUUCAGCCAAUCAGCUAAACAAUUCCGGCCAGCCUGGUGGUUCUGGAGGUCUAUUAGGUUGGCUCUUUCCGCAAAGGCUUACUACAAGAAACGCAGAAGGUCUUGACGAUGAUGAUACGGCAGUCGAACAAGCCAUACAUAGAGAAGAAAGCACCAAGAAGACGGGUGUUAGAUUUGGUGCGUUGUUGGCCUUUAUGAGACCUAAACCCAAGCCGGUGGAGAUUGAGGGGGGUUAUGGAUCGAGGGAUGAAGAUAUGCAGUCUGUGCAUGAGCUGCCUGGUGGUUCUGGUUCGAAUAAUCGUCAAAGCAUGGCGUCGUCAAGUAAGAGUGGUGGGAUCUUUAACAGGCUGUUUGCCAAGUCUGCUAAAAGGCAUGAAGCUGUUGCCAACUACUUUCCUACUGCUGACGACGAGAUUGAAGUGCUGAUCAAGGAUAAGAUAGAGGUGAAGACGAACUUUGAUGAUGGUUGGGCAAUGGGUCGCAACCUUAGAACAAAGAAGGAGGGAAUAUUCCCUAUGGCAUGUCUUGGAAUGGACGAGUUGGGUCUGCCAAUACAUCCAAGCUUACUCACUGCCUCGGGAGAAGAACCUGUAUUUGUGGACACGAUGCAGCGCUCUAGCUCUGUGCCGUCAGAAUUUAGAUCAAAACCGCCAGAAGGCGAUGCUGAUACCAUCAGGCCAUCAGCGUAA